AUGAUGAGAGUAUACCCUGCAUGGAGGGAUGAUGAGAGUAUACCUUGCAUGGAGGAUGAUGAGAGUAUACCUUGCAUGGAUGAUGAUGAGAGUAUACCUUGCAUGGAUGAUGAUGAGAGUAUACCUUGCAUGGAGGAUGAUGAGAGUAUACCUUGCAUGGAGGAUGAUGAGAGUAUACCUUGCAUGGAGGAUGAUGAGAGUAUACCUUGCAUGGAGGAUGAUGAGAGUAUACCUUGCAUGGAGGAUGAUGAGAGUAUACCUUGCAUGGAGGAUGAUGAGAGUAUACCUUGCAUGGAGGAUGAUGAGAGUAUACCUUGCAUGGAGGAUGAUGAGAGUAUACCUUGCAUGGAGGAUGGAGAGUAUACCUUGCAUGGAGGAUGA